AUGUCUUUCGUAAAGGUUGCCAAGACGAAGCCGGUACGCUUGACACGACAGCUGCUCGAUGGCCGAAGCACGUGUAGUAGAGCAGCACCUAUGGCAUCUUGUUCGCUUCAGCCUAUGAAUCUGCGUGCACCUGAUUUAUCACAAGCCUGGAAAACUUGGAAAACCCAAUUCCUAAUUUAUCUGCGAGCUACAGGUCUUGACAAAGAAAGUGAUGCAAGAAAAGUCGCCUUAAUGCUUCACUACCUGGGCCCCGAUUGCUUGAAAAUCUACAAUUCUUUUAACGAAAACUUGGAUUCUGUGAAAUACGACGAGCUAGAAACGAGGUUUGAUGCACAUUUUACACCUACCGCUAAUAUUUCAUUUGAGAGGCAUAUAUUUAUAACACGAAAGCAAGGUAGCAAUGAAUCCCUUGAGGAUUAUGUCACAGCAUUAACAAAUCUUAGCCUGUCCUGCGACUUGGGAGCACUACGUGAAAGCUUGAUUAAAGACAUUUUUACCUGUGGUUUAAACGAAUCCAAUCACUACAUCAAGGAAAAAUUAAUUAGAGCAGGUCCAAUCGAAUUAAAUGAAGCAGUCGAACUAGCGAAGACCGCAUCCCUUACAAAAGCGCAGAUGUCUCAGUUAAGUUCAGCAGCAUCGUUCGUAGGUGCAAUAAAUAAUCAAUUUCAAAGAAGAAAGCGUGUCAAUCAAAGCCACACGAAGAGAAGAAAAUCUGUCAGUCCGAGUACAUCGCCUAAGAAUAAUUAUGGAUCGCCGUCAAGCAACGAUAGUGCAUCAACUCAAAUUUGCAAUUACUGCCACAGAAGAGGACAUUUCGUGCAAUGCUGUUUUAAGAAAAAAUCAAGAACUGUUCAUCAGCUGUCUACAACCGAAGAUUUAUUUUUAGGGAUGGUCGAGUGUGAAAAUGUUCCCAGUUCUGAUGUCAAAUCCUUAUCAUGGGAAUCUGCCGUACACAUUAACAACAAAGAAGUCAUUUGCCAAUUGGACACCGGAGCUCAAACGAACAUAAUCAGUUUGUCUAAGUUCACAACUUUGGGCUUACCGAACUCAAAUAUCACACCUUGUUCGUCAAGGUUAAUUUGA